ACAGGUUUGACUGCUCCUGGUAUUCUGCUAACGGAACGGUGUUGUAUGUGUACAAAUUUUAAGGAUAAUCUAGUGAAUGGAACUUUGCGAAAUUUACGGGUCUUGAGCAGAUGUGUUAUUCGAUGUGUUAAAAUAAACACAUUAGUUAACACCGCACAAUUGGUGUCCAACAGCGAGUCUGUGACAGCUGUUAACACCAAAACUGCGUUUCGUUUUAAAUACUCAUAUUUGUGUUUUGUGAGACUAAUUCAGUCGCCGAAUUGAGAAGUACAGAUAUCUGGAAAACUAGUAUUGGCAUAAACAAAAAACUUUGGAUACUAGUGACAUGCACCAUCUUAGGAUAUAGGAAAAUACAUCCAAAUGCUUGUUUUUCUAAUAUCACAAUACCAAUUUCAUGUACGAUGAUCGGAGCAGAAAAAGUGGCAGCGGCAUGUGGUGUCGAGAGAAAGAGGCCGUUCGUGUCCUGCAUCAGACUGAAUGGAGUCCCCAUUCUUCCACCACUACUGGACAAAAGCACCAAAACAAUGGCAAUGGAAGCAAAGAACAGGGCAUUGCAGUUGGAAAUGCAGCUGGGGUGGACUGAUGGCUACCGAGAACAAAAGUGUGCCGAAAAGUUGGCAGAGAAAAGGAGAGAAUAUGCGGUUAGCUUGUCAGUUCAGAACGGUACGUGUGACAGAGGUCCCAGAGAUGCGAGCGAGGCUUUCCCGCAGUGUACUUGUGGUGGAAAAGGACGACAUCACAUCUCGAGGAGAGUUACCUCCGCACCGUGUCUGACGGACGGGUCACCGAAUGCCGUGCCGUGGAAGUCGCAGACGGGCAGCUCUUCUGCCAGAAGGUCGACGAUCCUUCCUUUCUCUCAGUCUACGGGGUCGACAAAAGUUUUGAGAAAGUGCAGUUCUGCAGAAUACCUGCCAGUGAAACGGCAGAGCGAAAAUAAGUCGGAUUCGGAGUGCACCCUCUGUAGGUGCGUCAGAGAACCCGAUCGAGCUGUCGUAUCUAGCAGCCGGUCAUUUUCCUCGGAGCAGCAGAGAGCCAGAAAUUCCAAAGUCAGUUUGCCAGCUAAGGUUCGUGACAGAAACGGGCCACAGAUCACAUACAUGAAAGGCGGGGGUGUCGCGUCUGCCGAGUCCGAGCUCUCUCUCGUGUCGGCGUCGCCCCAGAAGAACGACCCGAGUGACAAUUCUGCUUCCGACUCCACAUGGGCGGUGAGCUUCUACAGACAGCUGUUCCCCCUGGAGAACGAGGACAGGAACUUCGACUCCGACUCGUCAGACGAGGUCGACGGGAGGCAGCCGCCGGGAACUGGGGGCUCGGGAGGCGGCUCGCACAGCGCGUCGUCGGACUACGUCACGGCACGGGAGAGCGGCACGGUGCUGCUGGACAUCCCACCCACACCCGGUGCCGACGACGACCAGAGCGGCGGCUACCGGCUCGUUCGCCAGGGCUCGUACGUCCUGGAUAAGCCCAGCGAGGCACUGUUGGACCACCUGAAGAAACAGAGCACAGGCGAAACUGGGCUUCAUCGGCCUGUCAGACCUAUGAAAGAAUCAUCAGUCCAGACAGAAAUAGUUGAGCUCGAGCUGCCGGAUGUCGAAGACGACACCGCGGACCUAGUGGCGAGUUCGAAGGUGUCGGAGCUGCGGGAGAAGCUGAGGAAGAGGUUCGAUGCGGCGAUGGAGGCGCUGCUGGUGAGGCAGCGGGCCGAACAGGAGGUGCUGGCCAGGUCGUUCCUGCAGGUGCAGCAGUCGGCACGGCUGCAGAUGAAAGCAUCGGCAGUUAUAAAUGCUGCCGCGAGGGGCUACCUCGUCCGGAGGCUGAUGAAGACGAAGCACGUGCAGGACCUGAUAGAGACCAUGGAGGAGAGUUUGAAAUGCAUCUUCGAGCUGAAAGGAGAGUCACUGAGGCCACUCCGUGCCGACCAGGAGCUGUACGAUCGGCUCUUGCAACAGGCCUGCCGCACGAUAGCAGCGGAAGGCGUGACGUACCACAUUGAGGUAUUGUCACGUGGAUUGUUUCAGCAGAAGAAGCCUGCCUGCACUGAAGAAUAUCACUGUAGAGUAGCCAAUUGCAACACGAGGUGUACUACUAUUGAAAAAUUUGCCGUUCUGUUGGCUGUGCUGUUUCUGUGCCUUUUUGAACUCAGAUACCACUUUAGACUCGCUAUAUAUAUGAAAUUACACACCUUCCAUAUUUUCUGCACAAAUACUAAAUGAGAUGUCAACAAAACACUUCAGCUCCACACCACACUCGAUUGCUCUCUGCUGAGUGACAAGCUGUAAUGAUAACGUUGUACAUUUUUUGUACAACCAGCAUUUAUUUCACAAGAAUAGGUUACCAAAUAGUUCCUCACCUACCAAAAAUAAUUGUAUCUAGUCCAGUACUGAUGUGCACAUUAAUUACACAUUUAACUGCACGGUCGUUGCAUUUUUGCUAAAUACUCACUGUCGUUUGUCACUGCAGUCGGUGGUAAUAUUUAAUGAGUGCCUUCAUUAUAUAAGUUUUGUGCCUGUUUCAGUCACAUAGUCAGACUGAAUUGUGGCCUGCAUGAGUAGAUAGGUGGAAAAAAAAGAAAAAAUGCAUUAGUUUUGUGUUUGUUUUAGGAGGGAAAAGGAAGAUGGCUAUAAACGGGGACACAAGCUCGAAAAGACUGAACUAGAGCUUAUGUAAUCCAAAGAUAAUUAAUAAUUCUUACUAUACAAAGAAUUAUUUUCAUCGAAGCUUGCCACUGUUUUUCUGUGUGUUUGUAACUGUGUAAGUUGAAUUAACUGUACUUAAUUAUUCAUGAGGCUGUGAAUCUAUCAGUGCUUCUUUAUUUUUUUAUUUACCUUUUUUCAACUGCUGACAGGUUGUGAGAAU